AUGUCCCUCGGUCGUACCUUCACCCUCGGCUCAUCGGCGAUCAAGAUCCCUGCCGUUGGUCUCGGGUGAGUACUACCCCUCACCCCCGGCCGGAGCAGGGGUAGCGAAGGGAAUGAGGUGCUGACUCGGAUUGACCGACGUCGGGUACAGUACUUGGCAGAGUGAACCGGGAGAAGUGAGAAAGGCAGUCGCUUCGGCUAUCAAGGUUGGAUAUAGGUACGUUGUUACUGUUGGAGGUGCGGAUCACUCGCGGGGUCGGGCAGGCGUCACGUCACCGUCGUCGAUUUCGUCGACGCUAAACUAACGUAUUCUCCGUGGUCCACAAAGACACAUCGACGCCGCAUGGAUUUACGGUAACGAAGUUGAAGUCGGCCAAGGGAUCGUCGAUUCCCAAAUCCCCCGCUCGGACCUCUUCAUCACCUCCAAAUUAUGGAACUCGUUCCACUCCCCCGAACGAGUCGAAAAAGCCCUCGACGAAACGCUUCACAAUUUGGGCCUCGGUUAUUUGGAUUUGUAUUUGAUGCAUUGGCCUGUUGCGUUCGGAAAGGGAAAAGCGGAGAAUGGAAAGAGUCCGAAAGUGGAUCAGGAGUUGACGAAAGAUCCGAUGCCGACUUGGCGGGCGAUGGAAAAGUUGGUGGAUUCCGGAAAGGUCAAGAGUGUUGGCAUUUCGAACUUUAGUAUCGAGAGGGCGAAGAAUCUGUUGGAGCAGGUAAGUGCUGGUAUGGGAAUGACAUGAAGGGAAUGAGAGGAGCUGAUGAAGGUGUUCUUGUCUUCGUUCUCGUCGUAGGCCCGCAUCAAGCCCGCCGUUAACCAGGUCGAACUCAACUUGCGCUGCUCGCAACCCGAACUCGUCAAAGUCGGUUUCACUUCGCACGCAUCUGGUCUUUCUGGAUGUUUUACUGAUCGAACGGGGCGAAUCAUUUUGCAGUGGUCAAAGGAGAACGGGAUCCUCCUCGAGGCGUACUCCCCUCUCGGCUCGACCGGAGCUCCUCAACUCGAGGAUGAAGUCGUACGUUACCCCUAUGCCCUCGUAAUCGCCAUCCCGCCGUACUGAUAUAUGCUCCUUCCGUAUUCAAAGGUUCAAACAAUCGCGAAAGCGCACAAUGUCGGUCCGGCGAACGUCUUGAUCAGUUGGCAGGUCCAACGCGGGAUCGUAUGCUUGCCCAAAUCGGUGACGCCCAAGAGGAUCGAGGAUAACUUCAAAGGUAAGUCCAUAGGCCCCCUUUGUCUUACGAGGCUAGCUCUUGAAGCAAUCCUCACACACUGUUUCCUUCCACCUCUCGCCGGGUGGGUAGAUAUCGAGUUGACACCCCAAGAAAUGGAGAAACUCGAAGCUCGAUCCAAGGAGUUGGGUCAGACGCGUACGGUCGACCCUUCGAGGGCUUGGGGGGUCGAUAUCUUUGGGGAGGGAUCGCAUAAGAAGAAGAGUAAGCUUUAA